AUGAAUCCUAAUCGUGAAGCAACAAGAAAUCAAUCAUAUAGACCUAAAAAGCAGUAAUAUGAGAUUACUAUAAUUUAGAAAAGAAUCACGGUCUCAGGCAUCAACCUUUGAAAAUCUGUAGGCAAGAAUAAGAGAUUUUUCUUAUAAUAGACUGUAAAAUGCAGUAUCCAAUUAACCUAUUAGAAGUGAAUCUAAAAAUUGUCAACUUUAAAGAUAAGAUCUUCAAUAGAUGUAUUAUACAAUUUUAUCAAAGUAUUAAGUAAAUCUUAGAUAAUGGAACUAAAUCUUUUAACAGUGGAUAUAAAUUGAAAGAAUAUCCUUAUUCUCCUAGUUUGCAAUCACCUAAUUAAUUAGUUUAAUCUCCAAAAUAGUUUGAAUAUAGCAAUGAAAAGUAAUCUAAUUAAAAGUCAGUCGAUCCAUUCAAAUUUGAAACAUUUGGAUUACAUUCAGAUUAAAAUAAGAAAAAAGAUGAAUGUUAAUAUUCAGAUGAUUCUUAUUCUAAUGAAAUAGCAAAAUUAAAAAAAUAAUUGGAACCAAUAUCUAAUGUAAGUAGAAAUUAAUUAACAGAAUUAGUCAGAAUAGCUUAAGCUACAAUAAAUGAUAAAAAAAGAAGUAUAUAUAAAUAAUAUUAAGUGUAAUAAAAUAAUUAGAGAUAUUAGUGGUAAAUGGAGUCAGAAGAUUCAUUUUAAGAGUUUGAUUCAAAGAUCCUAGAUUUAUAAUAAAAAUUAAAAUAAUCAAAUGAUUAAUGUAGUUAAUUAAAAUUGAAAAAUUAGAAUCUUAAUAAUUAAUUAAAAGAUACAGAAUUAUAACUAUUAAAUUUUUAAGAAAAAUAAAAGUAACAAGAUUAAGAUUUUUGUUAUUUGUAAAAAUAAAUAGAAGAAUUUAAUGACAUAAAUACUAAAUUAAGAUAGGAAAAUGAAAAAUUGGAAUAUGAAAUAAAAGUAUAAGAAUAAUAUAUAAAUACUUAAAAAUAAAAUAAUUAGUUGAAUGAAUUAAAUUAUUAAAAAAAAAUAAGAAAUCUUGAAAUAGAUAAAUCAAAUUUGAAAGAUGAUUUUUAGAAAUUAUAACUUCAAUUAAGUAAAGAAAGAGAAGAAUCAUCAUCAAAAGAUGAAAAAAUAUUUGAUUUAUAAAAACUAAUAGAUUCAUUAAAAUAUUAAAUAUAAGAACAUUCCAUUUAAUCAAAUUAAUAAUUAUAAUCAAUUCAAGAAUUAAAUAAUUAAUUAAAUUAGAUAUCUUAAGAAAAAUAAGAUUAAUUUGAUAAUUUUUUAGAAAUUAAAUAAACAUUAUUAAAUUAAAUUAAUUAGUAAGAAUAAGAUUAUUAAUCUUAAUUAGCAUAAUUAGAUGUAUUAAAAUAAUAAGAGUAAUUUAAAUAAGAAAAUCAAUAAUUAAAAAACUAAAAUAAAGCUAUUCAUGAAGAUUUAAAUAAACUAAAAGAAGCUAAAGAAUAAUUGUAAUUGCAAAAUACAAAUCUAACUACUCAAGUUAUUUAAUUAUUGUAAUAAUCUGAAGAAAAUCAAAUUAUAAUUAAGGAACUAGAAAGUGAAAUUAAAAAUUUAGAAACUUCUUUAAAUCAAUAGAAAAAUAAUAUAGAUUAAUUAAAUCAUUAAAACUAAAUAUAUCAACUUGAAUUAAAUGAGGCUAAUAAAAAUAUAACUAAAUUGUAAAAGGAUUUAAAAGAUAAUAAAGAUUAGAAUUAAAUUUUACAUCAGGAAAAACAAACUCUAAUUGAAAAUAUCAAUCUAUUAAAUAUUAAAAAUGAUUCUCUUGAUAAAUAAGUUAUCUUAGAUAAUUCUUAAAUUAAUUCAUUAAAAGAUAAAAUUAAUUAAUAGAGAUAAGAAUCUGAAUAAUAAAAAAAUGAAUUAUUAUAAUCAUUUGAUAAUGAUAAAUAAUUGUUAAAUGAUUAAAUUAAUGAACUUGAGAUUUAAAUUGAGAAAUUAAAUUAUGAUACAAAUAUUUAAAAAGAAUAAAUAGUAAACCUAAAUAAUUAAAUAAAAGAAAAAUAAAUUGCCGUUUAAUUAUUAAAUGAAAAUCUAGAAAAUAAUUAAUAAAUUAUUAAUGAAUUGAAUGAUUAAUUAAAUUAUUAAGAAAACUAAAAUGAGUAAUUUAAUGAAAGAAUUGAUACUCUAAUUACAGAAAUUUCAAAUUAAUAAAAAAUAAUCACUUAUCUAAAAUAGAAAGAAGAUGCUCUUGAUUUAAUUAAUGAUAAAUAUAAUUAAUUACAAGUUUAAUAUCAGAUUAUAAAUGAUUAAUUGUUAGAAUCAUAGGAUAAUCUUUAAUAAUAAUUUUAGUCUAUAAAAGAAUAUUAAAAAUAAACAUUAUAACUUUCAGAUUUUAUAAAAGAAUUAAAAUAAUUAUUAGAUGUUUCAAAUGAAUAAAUCAAUUAACUAUAAAUUCAAAUUUAAAAUAAAGAAGAAAUGUUAACUUAAAAUAAUGAAUUAAUUGAUUCAACAAAAUAAGAAUUAAUUUUAUAAAAGAAAGAAACAUUAUAAUUAAAGUAAGAGUUAGAAAUAGCAAAUGAUUAAAUAAAAGAGUUUGAAAAUAAUAAAAAUGUUUUAGAAAAUGAAAAUUCAAUACUUAAAUAAGAGUUAUAUAAUAAUAAAUUAUAAAUAAAUGAAUAAUUAAAUUUAAAUCAGUUAUUGAAUAAAAAUUUGGAAGAUUUAAAUAAUAAUUGCUUAAUUUUAUAAUCUUAAAAUUAAUAAUAAAUUGAUUAAAUAAAGAAUUGUUAUAACUAAAUAGAGAAUUUAUAAAAAGAGAAUUAAUAAUUAAAUGAAGAAAUCAUAUAUAAAAAAUAAGAUAUUAAUCAAGCAAAUUAAAGAAAUGAAAUUUUACAAUCAUAAUUAAAUGAUUCAUAACAAUAAUAAUAAAACUUAUCAGAUAAUUUACAUAAUUUAUAAAUAUUAAAUGAAGAAUUAUAAUAAAAAUAUUAGAAUGUCACUUAAGAAAAUGUAAAUUUAAAAGAAAAAUUUGCAGAAUAUGAGUAAAUUCUAUCAACAAUUGAACACAAAUAACAAGAUAAUAAAUUAAUUUAAGAUUAAAUUAAUGAAUUGGUUAAUAUCUAAUCUAUAAAUGAAAAAGAUUUAGAUCAAUUUGAAGAAAAAUCAAAUGAUGAAGAAUUAGAUAAGAAGGAUAAUGAUAUUAUAUUAAUAUAAACUGAUUAAAAUUAAGAAAAUGUACUUUUAAAAAUUGAAAUUUAAAAAUUAAAUGAAAUAAUCAAAUAGCAAUAAGAUGAGAUUAUUAAUUUCUAAAAUAAUAAAAGUAAUAAUUAGUUAAUAUUUGAAUAAAAAGAAUAAGAAUAAUAAAUUUAUUGUGAAUAAUAAAAUGAAAAUUUAUUAGACCUUAAUGAUUUACUUGAUUAACCAAUAAAUGAUAUCAAAAAAUAAUCAAAUAAUGAUAGAUAAAUAGAAUUAUAAGGUGGAAAUUUUACAAACUAUAAUGAAUAAUAAAAUUAGAAUGAAGAAUUACUUAAAAUAAUUGAAAAUUUAAGAGAAAAGAUUAAACAUUAAGAUUAAGAAAUUAAUUAAUUGAUCUUAGAAAAUUAAGAUUAUUAUUAAAAGAUAGAAGAUCUUGAUGUUAUUUAAGAAUCUUAAAGAAAAAUUGAAAUAGAUUAAGAUAAUUGUAUUAAACAAUUAAAUUAAAAGAUUGAAAAGGAAUAAUAAAGAGUUAUUGAACUUGAAAAUUAAUUGAUCUAAUUAAAAUAAUAAAUUUUAGAUAAGACAUAAAUAAUUGAUAAUUAAUCUUAAUAAAUAGAUUAGUUAAAAUAAGAUUAAUAAAAUUUAGAGUUUAAAUUGAAUGAUUAAAUUACUUAAAAUAAUAUUUAUUGUAAUGAAAUCUCAAAAUUAAAUAAAUUAAGUGAGGAAUAGUAAGAUCAAAAAAUUAAACUUGAAAAACAAUACGAAAAUAAUUAUUAAAUAAUUAAUUUGUUAGAAAAAAAGAAUUUUGAAUAAGAAUAAGAAAUAUUAUAGCUUAAACAGGAGAUUGUAAUUAUGAAAGAGUAAUUAAUAAGUUUAUCAUUAACAAAAAAUACAAUAGAAUAAAAUUUAUAAGAUUUAACAAUAACUGAAAAUACUUUAAGACAUUAAUAUUAAGAAUUAGAACAAUAGCUUUUAACUCAUCAAAAUGAAAAUUAAAUUCAAUUAAAGACUUUAUAAGAUUAACAUUUUGAAUUGUAAACUUAAAAAGACAAUUUAGAAUGCUAAAUUUAAGUUUAAGCAAAAUAAAACAAUGAAAAAUAACAAUAAAUUGAUUAAUUAAAUUUAAAUUAAAGUGAAUUAAAUAAUGUUUACCUUUAAUAAUAAUAAUAAAUAAGUUAAUUAAAAUAAACUAUCAAUGAUUAAAUAUAGUAAUUUGAUAACCAAACUAAUAAAUUAUUUGAAAUGGAAAGAAAUUCAUAACUAGAAAUAAAGACCUUAAAAAUUAAAAUAGAAGAAAAAGAAAAUGAAUUAUAAUAAUUAAAUAAUCAAUUCUAAAAAGAAAUUGAUUAAUUAAAGAAUCACUAAAUAAAUGAAAAUACUCAAUAUAUAGAACAACUCUAAUAAAUAAAUGAAGAUUUAUAAUCAAAGAUAAAAGAUAAGGAAUUAUAAUAUGGUCUAUUAGAAUAGAAGAGUUUAGAUUUAUAAAAAAUUAAUAAUGAACUUAACUAAUAAAAUAAAAAUCAAGAGUAGAGUAUUUAACUUCUCUAGAAUACAAAUAAAAAUUAAUCAUAAUAAAUUGAAGAAAUAACCAAUUCACAAUAAUUAAAUUUAUAAGUUCUAGUAAAUACGACCUAAUAAUUAAAUUAAUUAUCAAUAAAACUUCAAUAAUUGUAACCAAAUCUUUUGACAAAGUUAUAAAAAUUAAAAGUAAAAAUACUAUAAUAACAAGAAUUAAUAAAAUCUUUAGAAAAUGCUAAUGAUUAACAUAAUAAUAAUAUUUUUGAUUUAAAUUAAAAAUUGUUAAAAACACAAGAACAAGUAAAUUUAAUAAAUACUAAUUGUUUUUAAUAUUAAGAAGAGAUUUCAACAUUAAAAAAUAUAAAUAUAUAAUUAGAGAUGGAUAAAAAUAAGCAUGUAGAAAGUUUUGAAGCAUAAAUGUCUAUAAAUAAAUAAAUUUAAUAAGAAAUAGCAGUGUUAUAAUAGGAAAAUUAAGAAUAUCAAAUAAAAUUAAAAUAAUUAGAAAUUGAAAAUUAAGAUUCAUAUUUUGAUACUCAAAAAUAACUAUAAGAUAAUUUAUAAAUAUAAAGCUAAAAUGAAUUGUUAAAUUAAGAAUUAAUUAAAAAGGAUGAAUAAAUUUUAAAUUUAGAAAUGUAAAUAUAGUAAUAAUAACAAAAUUAUCAAAUAAAUUAAGAAGAAUUAAUAAAUUAAUAAAAUGAGGAAUUAAAUAAGAUUGAAGUUUCUAUUAGUUAAUAAUAGAAUAAUUUCAUGAAUAAUAUAACCAAUAAGUUAUUUGAAGUUACCUAGAAGUAAAAUUAAUAUUAAGAAAAAUAUAAUGAUUAUUUUAAAUUAAUAAAAAAAUAGUUUAAAUAAGAAAAAGAAAUAUAAUAAGAUAAUUAGUUUCUAUAAGAUAAUCUUAAAAUGGAAAGAAGAAUAAAGGAAGAUUUAAACUCUAAAAUGAUAUAAAUUUAGUAAUAAUUUAAUGAACUAAAAAAUUCUAUAGAUGAAAAAGAUAUAGAAAUUAAUUCUCUUAAAAAUGUUAAUGAAAAAUUAAGUUAGUAAUACUAGAAUGAAAAAUAAGUGUUAUAAAAUAAUUUAAUAAUUAUUUAAGAUAAAAAUUCUUAACUUAUUCAAUAAAUUUAAUAAUAAUAAGAUAUAAUUAAUAAAAAUGAUGAAAUAAUGUUGAUAAAAGAUUAAGAAAUAAUUGAAUUAAAAUAGAAGUUAAUAAAUUAUGAAUUAGAAAUUAGUUAAAAGAUAGAAGAAUAUGGAAAUUAAAUUACUCAAUUAUCUAAAUUAAAAGAUGAAGCACUUAGUAAAUUAAAUAAUAAAGAGAAUGAAAUUGUAUAGUUAUCAAACAAUUUAGAAUAAUAAUUGUUAGAUUAAGAAAGAGAAUAUUUAGAUAAAUUAUAAAAAUUGGAAAAUAUUUAGAUAAAUUAUUAAAAUAAAGAAGAAGAAUUAUAACAAAUUCAACUGAUUAAUGAAGAAUCAAGUAAAUAAAUCUUUUAAUUGUAAGAGGAAAUUAAAAAAUAAGAAUAGAAAUUAAAUUUGAAAAUUUCAAAAUUAGAAGCAAAUAUUGAAGAAAAGGAUAUUUAAAUUUAAUCUAAAUAAAAUGAAUUAAAUGAUUAAGGAGAAUCUAUCAAUAAGUAUAUAGAGAGAGUUACUUCUGAUCAAUAACUUAUAUCAAAAUAAAAGUUGGAGAUAGAAAAUUUAUAAAAGUAAAUAGAAGAUUUUAAUAAAGAAGAGGAAUUUACUUAAUUAGAGUUUUAAUAAUAAUUACAAAUCUCGAAAUUAGAAUAAAUGCCAUAAAAUAACGAUAUUUAAGGAUAAGAGAUAGUUCAAUUAAAAUUAGUUAUUGAGGAGAAAGAUAAACAUAUUGAUUAAUUGAAGCAAAAUAUAAAUGAAUUGAGAGAAUUUAAAUUAAAUAAAUCUAUUAUAAGUAAUAGAUCAAAAAGAAGUGUAAAUGCAAUUUAAAUAGAUUAGCUUAAUGAUAUUGAAGAAACAAGUUAGAAUUCAGAAGAUGAAGAUUAACAAAUAUUAGAAUUAAUAUAAUAAAGAUAAAGAUAGAUUAAUGAAACAGAUUAAGAUGAAUUAAAUUAAGAAAGAGCUAUUGUAUCAAAAUUAAGAGAAGAAAAUGAUAUAUUAAGAAGAAAAUUAAUAGAUUAAGAAUAAGAAUUAAUUAUUAAUAAUUAAAGGAAUCUUGAUCAUGAAUAAACUAUAUCAAAUUUAUAAUAUGAAAUUAAAGGACUUAAGGAUAAAUUAGAUAAUUAUGAAAAUAUAUUAGAAAAAUAAAUGAAUAAAUCAAUAUUAAGUAAUAGAUCAAAGAGAAGUUAAAAUUGUCUAUAAUUAGACAAAUUUAUAGAUAUAGAUUAAAUUAGUUAGCAUUCAGAAGAUGAUGAUUUAGAAUUAUAAUAAUUUAUAGAAUAAAAACAAAAAUAAUAGAAAGAUGCUCAUAUAGAAUCUUAAGAAGCAUAAAAAUUAAGAGAAGAAAAUGAAAUUUUAAAAAGAAAUUUAUAAGAUUUAUAAGAAGAAUAUAAAAUAAAUAAUUUGAAGGUGGCUGAUCAUUUAUAAACUAUAUAGAAUCUAUAAAUUGAAUUAUAGGAAUAAAAAGAAAAAAUUGAGAAUUAUGAGAAUUAAUAUAAAGAAAUUAAGAUGAAUAAAUCAAUAUUGAGUAAUAGAUCAAGAAGAAGUUAAAAUUAAUGUUAAUUUGAUUAAUUUUUAGAUCUUGGAGAUGAUGAAUAAAAUUUAUCUGAUAAUGAUUCUAUGUUAGAAUAAAAGAUUUUAUAAUAAUAACAUAUAUUUUAAUUGAAAGAAUAAGAAUUAAAUGUAAAAUUAAAUUAAUUACAAGAAGAAAUAAUAUAAUUAAAAGAUUAAAAUAAGUAAUAAUAUUAAAUUUAUAUUCAAGAUCACUUUAAGAUUUUAUUAAUAGAGGUAGUACUCCAAGUCCUAUUUAAAACACAGAAUCUGAUCCUAAUAAAUAUUCUAAGAUAAUACUUGAGAGAGAAAAGUUAAUCUAAGAUUUAUAAAAUUAAUUAAAUGAAAAAGAUUAGACAUUUCCUAAUAAUAAAACUAAGAAUUAAUUUUUAUUUGAUGAAAAUUAAAAUGAAGAAAACUAAGUAGAAGAUGAUUUAGCUGAAGAUAUAAAAUUAGAAUAAUAAGCUAAGAAUGAUUUUGAGAAUGAUUAGCAAGAACAUAUAAAAUAUUUAGAUAAUUAAAAUUAUGAUUUAUUGAAUAAAAUUAACAAUUUGGAAGAAGAAAAUAAGUAAAUAAAUAUAAUUUAUUAAAUAGAACAUGUAAAAAUCUGAUUGAUAAGUUUGAAUAAGAGAAAUUAAAGAUGGAAUAAUAGAUUUAUUAAUUAAAAUCUACACUUAAAGAAUUAGAAAAGUAAUAAUAUAUUCCAAUAAUUUAUAGCUAAAAUAAAGAAUUAUCAAUAUAGUUACAAAAUUAGAUUAAAAUUGUAGAAUUAUCAUAAAAAUUACAAUCUGAAUAAAUGAGAAAAUUGGAAGAAUAACCAUAAAUCUUUGAAUAAAAGAAUGACAUAUCUUAAGAUUUAAUCACAUUAAAAAAUCAAUAUGAAUAAUUAAAAGGAUUAUGUUAAUAAUUUUUCUCUGCUAUUUUAAAUAAGUAAAAUUAUAUAAUAUGAAAUUUAGAACUCCUGAAAUUGCUGAAUCUAUUUUAAGUGUUAUUUUGAGUAUGAUAGAAAUGGCAGAUAAAUAAAAUAUUUGUUAAGAAUUAUUUUUUAAGUCAGGUGAGAAAAAAGAUAAAAAAAAUAAAAAUAAAGGAAUAAAAGGGUGGCUUGAUAAAUUUUGA